AUGGGCCGUCAUCGAAAGAACCGCACUCACCUCAAGGGGGGUGUCGCCUCUAACCCCGCUGCUGCAGAGGGCGUUCCGAAGUCCUUUGUCAUCAAGCAUGGCCAGGUCGGCACCUCGCUCACUCAGCUUGUGCGGGAUAUGCGCAGGGUCAUGGAGCCGUACACUGCUAGCCGUCUGAAGGAACGCACACGGAAUAAGCUGAAAGACUUUUUUACCAUGGCACCCGCGCUGGGUGUCACACAUCUCCUCGCGUUUACCCUGACGGACGUCGCGCCGUCCCUGCGUAUUGUACGCUUGUCCGCGGGGCCGACGCUCAGUUUCAGGAUUGAGCGCUACAGCCUUGUGAAGGAUGUUCUCAAUAGCUCGAAGAGAGCGCGGAACAUUGGUAGUGUCGAAUAUCUUACACCGCCGCUGCUCGUGCUAGCAUCCUUCCCUCAACCAGGUCCGGGAACGCCUCCACAUCUCCCUCUCCUCAUGAAGACCUUCCAGACCCUCUUCCCCCCGCUCUCCCCCCAAAAGCUGUCUUUAUCCUCAGCACGGCGCAUAGUCCUCAUCUCCUACAACGCCGACCGGGGUACUGUCGAUUUCCGGCACUACCUCAUCACCGUCAAGCCAUACGGCGUCUCCAAGCGCGUCCGGCGUGUCCUUGAAGGCGCCACGACCAAGGUGUCUGCGUCAAAGGGCUACCUCGACCUCGGGAACGAGAAGGACGUCGCGGACUUCUUCCUGCGGAAGAAGGGCGAGCCCGGACCGUCGUCGGACGGCUACGAGAGCGCCGCGUCCUCCGCCUCGAGCGCUGGGGGCGACGACGUGGACGCCAUCUCGCUGGCGGACGACUACCUCGGGCGUAAUAACAAGAAGGGCCAGAAGCGCGCUGUGCGGCUCGACGAGGUUGGUCCGCGGAUGGAGCUCAGGCUGAUCAAGAUCACGGAGGGCCUGCCUGGGAAGGAGGGCAGCGUCAUCUAUCAUGAGUUUGUUAAGAAGACGAAGGCUGAGGCUACCGCGCAGAAGGCUGAGCAUGUGGCGAAGGAGAAGCUCAGGCAGCAGCGCAGGGAAGAGCAGGAGCGAAAUGUCAAGCGGAAGAAGGCCGAGGCUGAUGGCAAGAAGGCUGGCUCGGACAGCGCAGAGCAAGAGGAAGGGGAGGAAGACGAUGGCGCCUUGAAUGACGAGGAACUUGAGGAUGAUGGCGUCUGGGACGAUGAGGAGGAAUACAGCGGAGGAGAGGAGGAUGAGAAUGCGAGCGGAAGUGACGAGGAAGAGAGCAGCGAGGAUGAGGGUCCUCGGCCACCACUGAAAAAACCCAAGCGGGGCAAACGGUAG